UUGACGCAGGCGCAGACCGCAUUCAACCUGCCGCAUCUGGAGCGUCCGCACCAAAGAAAACCAACAGAGGAACAAAGAAAAACAGAAAAAUCUGAGAAAACACACAAUUUUUCAUCCCGUGGCCUUAAACACAAAGGUUGAGUGAUGAUGGAGAAGUCAAACAGCCAAUACGACUCCUUCCUCUUCUGGAGGCAGCCAAUCCCAGCCCUCGACCUGUCCGAACUGGAGGACCUGGGUUUGAUCAAGGAACCGAUCAAUCGCAGCAAAGGAAAGGAUAAGAAGAGGAGUCAGGAUGAGGAGGAGGAGCUGUCUGAGUUCUCGUCCUUUAACUAUUGGAGAGCUCCUCUGGUCAGCGUCGAUGCUCUGUUGGCCGACCUCAGCCUGCUGCUGUGAACGCACCACUCAGUCAGCUGGCCUGACCUCUGACCCUGGAUCAUCCCAUCUGUCACUGAAUCUAAACGUCUGCUUCAACUGACCCCAUGUUCAUCCUAAACUGCAUGUGUAACUGGUUUAAUGUGUUCACACUGAGGAUUUCAUCCAACAACCUGUCAGUGUUUUAGUUCUGUAUCCACACAUCACUGCAGUUAAUGAGUUUAACCAUAGUUUGUUCAUCACCGCUGAGUUUAAAUGACCUGAAAUAUGUUUUUACAUCAGAUUAUUUAUUUAGAGUUAUUUAUUUGUUUCCAUCUGUGCCUUGUUUCAUUGUAUUUAUUUGCUGCUGGAGCAUCAUGAAGACAAACUGCAGCUCAUCUUAUGUUCUGUCACAAAGAAUAAAGCAAAAUGUCCUUUUUUAAUUA